GUAAAAAGCGUUGCCUUUAUAAACAUGUCUUACUUGGAGUGGGCCGAGUCUCAGCUUGCAGAGAUAGAGCUGCUAACGAGUAUGUUUCCCAAUGACGACGAGCUGGAGCUCACUGAGCAGCUGGCACUUGCUGAUCUCAGAAACUACGUGGAAGGUUCGGAUUCAGGUGACAAGCCUCCUCCCUCCAGACCACAGUUCCUCAUCAAACACAAGCUGGAAACUUCGAGCAUGGAAGGGGUAAUUACUCUGUUCUGCUCUUAUCCAUCUGAGUAUCCCAGUGUGCUCCCAGAUACAACAGUAAGGUGUUCGGCUCUCAGCAGGGCUGAGCAGACACAGCUCCAGGCACAGCUCACUAAAUACCUCAUGGAAAACUGCCAGGGGGAGGUGUGUGUGCUCGCUGCGCUGGACUGGGUGAAAGACAACUUGCCCCUGUUUUUAAAUAAGAGCCUAUUACCAGCGCCGACUCCAAAGGCAGAAUCUGCCUGUCCACCGGAAGUGUUCAGCCGACUGUGGAUCUACAGCCACCACAUCUACAACAAAUCAAAAAGGAAGAACAUCUUGGAGUGGUCAAAAGAGUUGGGUCUCUCAGGAUUCAGCAUGCCUGGGAAGCCUGGCAUUGUGUGUGUGGAAGGUCCUCAGUCUGCCUGCGAGGAGUUUUGGUCCAGAGUGAAGGUUCUGACAUGGAAGAAAAUCAUGAUUCGACAUAGAGAGGACAUUACCAUUGAUCGUCAAGGUGAGGACGGCAAGACUGUGGAGAGCAUAGACUCCCUGCGCAAAUUCACAGGCUUUGAAGAGGCUAUGUUUGACCCUCAUGGGAAUAGAGGGAAUCACAUGGACCUUGGACAGCUCUACCAGUUUUUAAAUGAGAAAGGCUGCUGUGAUGUCUUUCAGAUUUAUUUUGGCAUUGAAGGAAGGUAGUAGUCAAACCAAGAGAAAAAGUUGCAUUGAAGACAUUUUUCCCCCCAAAAGAAGCUUACAACCUAAAAAAAAGAAAAGCUAUGCAUUGUAAAAUUUCUAUGUAAUCUGAGAGCACUCAUAUUCAUCAUGUCAUUAAAGUUGCAUACAUUCAUCAUCUUUUAUUGACUAAAACUGGUACCACUGUGGUAAAAUGGACAUAAAUAAAUACAUCACAAAGCCUCUUUUCACACUUUGCUUUGGUAAUUUUUAUUUAUUUAAUUAUAAAGAAAUAACAAUAUAUUUGUUUUCAAAAAUACCUGCCUGACUUCCAUUUCAAACAUUGUGCCCCAGGUACUUCCUCCUUUCAUUGGCAGCAGUGUUUUUAUUACCUGGUCCUUUUCAGAUACAGCUGCACAAGAUGGCCAACAUCUGCUUCUGUCUAUAUUUUGGUAUGAUGUAAUUUUAUUUCUAUGAUUUAUAGGAAGCAAAAUUUUUAUUUCACCAAUAAAUUCUUUUGAAAAAAAAAUUUCAAUGUGCAUGACAUUAUACAAAUACAAUUUGAAAUUACCAAGCUUCACAUUGAGUUUUACAUUAAGGAUAUUUAUAGGAUUAUUAUGAUUAUUAUUUUUUUGUUUGUUUAUGCAAAGUAAGCGCUUUACAUGCUUGUUUUAUUCUUGUUCAGAUCACUGUUCUUGAGCAUUAUUUCAUAAAUAAUUGUAAAAUGCACAAUGUAAAUGAAAUGAAUAUCCUGCUGAAAAACAUUUUUAAUUACGGUUUCUUUUUCAGGUUUUGAGUGAAGACCACAAUUAAAAUGUAUAUUUUAGUGUU